AUGGAAUUUUCAGAGCCUUUUGAGCUGAAUCGGAUGCUAAAAAUUUCCAGAAGCUCUCCAAAUAAAAAUCCUUACUCCUAUGGGAGAAAUAAAAUUGAAGGAAGAAGGACUCCGAGGCGCGCUCCUAUUGAGCAGAUAGGACACAUCCUGACGAAACUGAAAACAGUGCUUUUGUUACUUUUGAACUAGGCCUUUAGUUUUGGGAAGCCUCGCUGAAGAUGGAAGCUUUUAUUUCUCCCCUAAGAUUUUCCUGUCAUGCCAAGCAGGUUUUGCCUAUCAUGGUCUUUCUUAUCGGAGCCAUCUUGGCACACUCCAGGCUGUAGUUCUGCCCUAAGGAGUUGAUACCAUCGACAGGUGAUUCCUGUUGGAAAUUCAAAAUGGCAGCCUUCAUUUUCCUCAUUUGAAUACUGAGACUAUGGAGCUGAAUUUUUAUAGCCAAGAGAGGAGAAGUCUAGUGGAUUAUCCCUCUUAUAUCCAGCAUAACUUUUAACUUAUAUUACUCCUACGAGAUCGCUACAACCCAAGAAUCAAUCGACAAGAUGCUGGAAUUAGCCCAAAGUAUAGAAGACUGUUUAUUUUAUUCUCCGCCAAUACCAGAGGCACCUUUACGAAAAUUCAGCAUUCAAGAGCAGCAACAAGAGCAAGCUGAAGAAGUUCCACGGCCAAUGACCCCAGAAAAGGAGGAAGAGUCUCCUACUAAUAUAGAAGUCGAAAGAGAUGAAACAUAUAGAGAAAGUUUUUCCCAGUCAAUAGCCAAAGUUUCAAGCCUAACCAAGUCUCUAAAGUUCGAGGACACUCCACAAGCAGUUCAAAACGCUGAUAUGAUUCAGCUUAAAGUCUAUCUUUUUUCCACCCUUGAAAAUAUGAUUGUUUCCAUCCCAAAAUCUUCAACAGUAGAGCAACUAAUCGCCAAAGUGAUUUCUUCCUAUCUCCGAAGCUCAGCCAGCAGAGACAAAGAACUCCCAUAUGGCCCAAUUCCAGAAGGCUACGAAAUUUGGCUUGUAGACGAUGAUACUUGUAUGCCUGAAACUGAUUUUAAUGUCGACAGAGCAAUGAAAGUCCGCGAUUUAGGAGUCGAUUCACUAGCUUUUUGUGCAAUUCCUAAUUAUGCAGGUGAAGCAAGGCUGUCAGUGUCGCAUAAGCAGGUAAGAAGAGUUUCUGAAAUAGGGCAAUGUAUAGCGUUAAAAAUUUAUUUUGAAGAAAACUCGACAAUAGUGAAAGCCCAGCCGAAUGACUCUUUACGAGAUAUUUUGCAUAAGCUGCAACAGAAGUUUUCAGGUGUUUCCUAUUUCCAUCCUGAUGAGUUUGAGUUUAAAAUUGACGUUGACCUUGAAGACUCCUUUCAGAAAGAAGAGUGCAACGUUGAUUUAGACUUGCAUGUUCAAGCCCUUGGCACUACAGAAUUAAAACUCUGCAGAAAAGUCUAUGUGGAUACUCCAAUAGAAAGAGUUUUUAUCAAAAAAGAACUCCCUGUUAUAAAAGAACUCAGCGAAGAAGAAAUGAAAUUUGACCCUCUAAGAUUCCAUUUGACAAAAGCACAAGCCUGCGCUUAUCAAGAAUUCCCUAUCAUCAAAGUCAACAGAAGGGGCAAGAGGCAAAAAAGAAUUCUAGGAAUCGACCAAAUCAGGCUUUAUAACAUGACAGAAACCAUGGCAAAAGCUGCUAUAAAAGGAAAAGCUUCAGGAACAGCUCAACAUGUCAUGAGGAAAAAAUUCGCUGGCAUUUUUAAGUCAAUAACCCACCACCCUGAAAUCCCGAUUUCUACAAUACAUUUGGUAGAGCAAGACGAAAAAAACUUAAACUGCUUGUGGAUCGAUUAUACUGAAGAUAACGUUAAGAAAAGGAAAAUGUAUGAAGCUGAGACCGCAGCGAAUGCUGUAGAAAUUAUUGCGAAAAUAAUGAAGCUGAUGACCUUGAAUGUAUCAGAAGAAAAAAAAUUUUAG